UGGCGGCGGCCGUGGGAGCGGGUUUAACGGGCGGCAGCGCCGCGGCGAGGAAAACAAAGGCGGCGGGAGGAGGAGGAGGAUGGCGGCGCUGCCCCGGCCACCCCGAGGGCCGCGGGGCGGGAGGCGAGCGCCCGGCCCCCGUUUAUGACACCCUCGCCGCCGCUGAGACGGUUUCUGUGAGGCGCGGGAAGCUGCGGCUCCCCCUCCUUAACUAUCCCCUUUGUGUUUUUGGUGAGGCCCUUACCGGCCGCCGCUUGAGGAGAGGGGGCUCCGCCCGCCCCAGCCCCCUGAGGGAAGGGGCCCGGAGCCGGCGCAGCGGUUGUGACUGUUUCUCUUCUGUCAUUGGUGUGGAAAGUGCCACACACACUCCAGAACAACAACGGCUUUUGCUUGCAUAUUCCAGUGUUUCUUUUGUCAGCGAGUUCAGCAAAGUUGUAAUUCUUCAAGUGCCAGCCCUGAGCUGAGUGAGGAGCCACCAGCAGAGAUGGUAAAAAUGACAAAAUCAAAAACGUUCCAGGCUUACCUGCCAAACUGUCACCGAACCUACAGCUGUAUCCACUGCAGAGCCCACCUAGCCAAUCAUGAUGAAUUGAUCUCCAAGUCCUUCCAGGGAAGCCAGGGACGAGCCUACCUCUUUAAUUCUGUGGUAAAUGUGGGCUGUGGUCCAGCAGAGGAGAGAGUUCUUCUGACAGGUUUACAUGCUGUAGCAGAUAUCUAUUGUGAAAACUGUAAAACCACUCUUGGAUGGAAAUACGAACAUGCUUUUGAGAGCAGUCAGAAAUACAAAGAAGGAAAAUUUAUCAUUGAACUUGCCCACAUGAUAAAAGACAAUGGCUGGGAGUGAAUCACAACCUUUUUCCUUCUGUUUGGACAAUAUUCUGUGGAACGUGCUUUACAAAGACUAACGCAAAGUAAAGGAAGAGCUUGGCUGGAGUGGCCCUGAGAAUAUCACUGAACUCUGAAACCUCACAAAUGAGUAGUGUAGUGUAAGUGGCUAUUUCAGGCCAUGUUUGCCUUUUCUCCUUGUGUAAGUUCCCUCUUUUUGUACGUGUAUUAUUGUGUGAACAGUUGUUUUGAAACAUUUUGGAUGACCUUUUUCUAAACUCUCUCAAACUAGAGAAACAGUUCACUAAUUGAAAACAGAUUUUACUGGUUAGCAUCUAUCUCUGACCUAUGCCUUUAAUGCUACCUUCUGCUGUGCAUGCUUCUUGCCUAAACACCCACACUCCAGUCCUGUAGAAGUCCUGUAUCUGAGCAGUCUGAAAGAAUGUAUGGGAUGGGGUGCUUUUUUAUAUGUAGCAAUUUCUGAUGUGUUUGGCAGUGAAGAGGAUGCAGUAUUGUAGUUAUUAAUUUCUUUUUUAAAUUUGAGUGUACCACAACCUGUGUACAUCUUGUAGGUGAAUUGGUUAAAGGUACAGUGCUCACUUUAAAAAAUAUUUCCAUUGCACUGACUGAAGUUUGCUGGUCUCAAGUCGUUAGGAAAGGUUAUGCUAGAGGUUUGGUUAUCUUCAUGAAAUACCUUAGAAGGAUUUUAAAUCAAUGAUGCUAUAGAAUGUGUUCAUUUAAGACCAACGUAUUCCCUAAGGAGUUUGCUGGAAAAUAAAUUUAUAAAACUAUAGGUUGCAAGAUUAAAAAGACAGAAAAAUAUAUGCAUCUUCUAUUUUGGAAAAAAAAACAAAAAAAAAAACAAACAAAAAAAAAAACCAAAAACAAAAACGCAUUAGUCGGUGUAUUAAAAAAAAAAGUUUUGGUACUGUACCUUUGCCAGUAACAGGGACUUGUGCAUCAGUAAAGUUUUAUGGCUGGUUCCAUGUAACUGUAUAGUCCUAAUGCACUGGACAAAGAGGUUGAUAUCAAGGAAACUUGUUGAAGUAUUCUGCUUCUGCUACAUUUGAACAAAAAUAUUUAUUUUUGUGAGAAAUGGCCAGAGCCUAUGACAUGAAAAUUAAUAUAGUACCUGUAGGAAAAGGAGGGGUAAUAAGAGGGAAGGGAAGUUUGACUCAGUUUUUCAUAAAAUAAAAUAACAAGAUAGUUUUUAAAACUUGGGGGUGGGGAAAGGGUUUCUUGGUUUGCUGGCUAAAUCAUCCCCAAGUACCUUUUUAUAAUAAAAAUUUAUAUGAAGCUCACCUUCUCUUUUGUUCUCAUGCCGUUUCUUAAAUGGAAUGAGUUAAUGAGAGAAACUUCUGCAAAGUGUAUGCACAAUAUUAGCUGCUGGUAUCUGUGCAUGCAAGUUCUAAGGAGCUAUGAAAGAAACACUCUACAUAAAUUUGCUAACUUUAUUUUCAAAUUAAACAGUCUCUGAAGACUUUUUGUAUUUUAAUCCUUUUAAUGUUCGAGGACAAAAUGUUUGGAAAAAAACCUUUAACACUACGUAAGUACUAUAACUGAACAGUACGGAAGCCUUGCAAUACAAAAUCAUUUUCUCUCAAUAACAAUUCUAAUAUGGCACCUGCAAAAUUAGUCAUAGGUGCUGUUGCUGCUGUUACGUUUUUGGGAAUCUCUGAUAGGCUUUCUUGAACUCUGCUGCACUUUAGAAAUUUUGUCAUACAUGAAAAAUUAUGCCAAUGGGUAGGGGCAAUACACAUCUCCAAAACCAGCUUUCCGGUGUCUUUGUGGAGAGGAGGAGAGAGAGGAGAGUUCCCCACGUGUACGCGUUCUCUGUGGUGCAGGCUGGCUGAACUGCAUUCAAGAUGUUGUCGUGAUCUAUACCUAUGAGUUAAAAAUGUAAGAAUUAGAGAAGUAGCUAAAGCUGUUGGGUUUCAGUCCAGAGACUUGAGGUGGUACAGUCAUGUUCAGUCUGGAUUUUGUGGCUUACACGUUACUACUCCAUGCUCACAUCAUCAGGCUUCAAAGUCCUUGUUAGCAAUGUGAGAUGGGCUUUGGUGUUGUCUGUCUCUUGAUCUUUUUGACCUGGAAUUCUUGGGGUUUUGUUUUCCUCCAUUGUAAUGUGUGUUGCCAACAAAGGCAGCACUAAAACUUCUAUCAGCAAAAAGUUUGUGUUGGCUUCAAAGUCCAGUUGCAACGUGGAUACUUGUGAACACGCUUAUGUGAAGUUUGUGUAUCCUUGGGCUUUUCUUAUUUCCUGGCUACAGACUUGUUGAAGCAGUACGCUGGGCUGAAGACAAAAGUAAUGGCUACUUUUCAGUAGAGAGUUGAAAUUAAAGAAAAUAUGUAAAGUAUUAAAAAGUUUUCUCCCUAAGAUUGGGAGUUUGGCUAUCUCUUGUUAGUAAGUCAAUGCUGUCUGUAACAGCCUGAGUCUUACUUAGAAAUUCAACCUCUUUCUUCAGUGCAUUAUUUAUAUUUUGAACUGGACAUUUUCACCAAAACCUUAAUUAACUUUGAUGCCAAAGGUUGGGACUUCAUCAAGUGCUUAGCACAUAGAGCUUCAGACUACUGGCAUAAAGAGUUAAUGAUCUAUAUGUGAUGUUUAUGGCUUUUAGGAGAACCAAACAAAGCAAUAUUUCUUUUGGUCUUUUAAGAGUGAACUCUUAGAAGGAGUAAAGAGCAGAACUAGUACAGAAUUGCUAUUUCAUGCUGCCAUGUGACAAUUCUUGAGGCUCAUUCUACUGCGGGAAUAUGUGAAUUUUCUUCCCGUGUUGCUUGGCAGCGUCAGCGAUUAUUUUCUCCCCUUCUAAAGAUGUAGAGAGUUCUUGUUACUGGUUUUGGUGAAAGUAGAAUCCAGAUAGCAAUGGCUGCUGGCUGAUGUGAAGAGGUCAGUCUGGUCACUGAACCGUCCAGCGGUCAUUUGAAAGAAAAAUAAAUUUACUUGAAAAAAAAUUUUACUAAAGCAUUUUCCCUCUAACCAAUUUUUGUAAUAUAUUAAAGAUUAUAUUUAAAGUUUGUAUGUGUUUGCUCUGGGCAAGUUUACUUCCCCUCCAACUUGAGCACUUUUGUUACUUGUACUGGUUAUUUUUAUUGUUGGUCUUAACAUUUAUUUUGUAUUUUGUUUUUUAUAAAGUGUAACAAAAAGCUUUUGUGAACCUUUGUUUCUUGCUGGCUCUUUCUUGGACCAAAUGAACUGACUAUGAGCUGGCUUAGAAGAAACGUUCAUUGGGAUGCAUAGGAAUUUGCUAGCAAAAAUGUACACGUAUUGAAAGUUUCUUUUCCUCUGAACCUCUAAAGCCACGCCUGUCCUAAAGUAAUUGAUCAGAAUUUGAUGCGAUUUUAGUAAUCUGACCACACAUUCUCUCUCUAGGUCCAAAAUAAUGGCUGUAACAAUGGUGUUCCGGGACUGAGUCUGCCUCCAAACACUAGAGUUACUCUUUGGCUGGUCACUCUAAGUACCUUUUUGAUUAAUAAAAGGCAAUGCUGCCGUCUAUAAAAAUUCUGUUAAGUUGCAAACUUGCUGUGAAAUAAGCUGCAGAAUUUGGUGAGGGAUUGCUGACAUGUGAGCCUAGCCACUCUUGCUGUGUGCUUUUAGCAGACUAGUAAUCUCAGUUUUAUCUGCCAGUAAAAAGGGCCAGAAUAUGAAUUUCCCUCGUUCUUUGUAAGCUCUACAAUGACAAACUGUAUUAAUGAAGUUUGUUGUAAUUUCAUCUUAAUUUCCCACUAGCCAGGUCUAGUGUAACGGCCGAUCCCAUGGUAUGCCGUGCAUGCUUGCAGUCUUUGCAAUCCAUGGGAGAGGAGGGGGAAUACAGUUCAUGAAAUUUCUUUGGAUUAAAAUCUGGCCUCAGAGGUUCUGACGAACCGUCGUCACUGCACCCACGACCUGAUGGUCAUCUGUAUUUCGUGUCGGUGUAUCAAGUUAGUGCAAGAGUUGAUGAAUGCUGUGUACCAUUUCUGGUGGCCUUGCGCGUCCCUCUGGGUAACGCUUGUAGAGCUCUCUCUGCGCGCUCAUCUCGGCAGUCAGAUUGCAACCGCAGUGACCUGCUCUCACAGACCAAAUGUCCAACAUCUCCAUUCUCUGAUGAUGGCGAUGAGUGGAAGAAGCUUCAAAUUGUUGUUAAACUUUUUGGACACUUUAUUGUACUUCUUUGAGACUCAUGUUAAGCCCACCAGCAGUAUAAACACUUACUGCAAAAGGAACAGACACUUCAGAGGUUUCUUUUGAAAGGACUGUUACAAAUGGUUUAAGGCCUAAAGCAUGAGUCAUAAAUGGCAGUUGGGUUGUGCCUCAUUGUUUCUUAAACUCCUUACAAUGCUUUCUUUUACAGGUGACAUGGCUGUGUUGCUGUUUUGUCCUAGCAAUACUGUACAUCAUUUGUUGUUUCACUAUAUUGUAUCUACUUGAGGUAUCACAAUAAAAGCUUUCAAUUGUUUUGUUGA